GCAUUUGUGAUCGUCGAUGACCAGGGACACAGGCGGCGGAAGACAGCAAAAUUAGCAAAAAUGCUACGUUUUCAACAGCGAAGAGGUCAUAACUGGUGUGUUCGGCGCCGAAAAUCUCCUUCCGGCUGGUAUUAUCCAUUUCCAGUGACCGCAAAAACCACCUGGAAAGUGAUUUUCGGAAUUGGAGACGCUAGAUGUGGCUUCUACUGUACAGAAAUCCCUUACUACUCUCAUAGCCGGAGUAAUCCCCGGAGAGAGUUCCGAUUUUCGGGCCGGAUCCAUUAACGGUUGCAGUUGAGAAGGCUGUCAUCGACCGGCGCCUCUCACCUCCGACUGCUGACGAUCUUGCGUUUGGAAGAAUUGUUUGGAUAAUCAUUUCCAAUUUGAUCCAAAUUGUAGGCUAACAACAUUGAGAAGAUGAUGGCUUAAAUGAUCCAUUUCACUUCUGAAGUCAUGAGGUAAACCUAAUAAUAUAGUUGAAAUUAAGUAUAGAGUUUACUAGAAAAGUAGAAACUGAGAAGACAUUGGACCUGAACGGAUCCUUAAACUCCUUUGUCUCAAAGAAAAAUGUUAAACAACCACGAAGGAAAAACAUUAAACAAUCUUAGGUGGAUGCUAGGAGUGCUCUACCUAUCUUGUUUUUCCUUUUUGUGUUUUUUCAUGCCCACACUUUCCUUUGUUCAAGAAAAAUAAGUGGGAACAAAGAAAUGACAAUAGUUCAGGUCUCAUUAGAAGUUUCAAGAGCAUAAAAUUGAAAUUGAUGGAAUAAAAAGUUGAAAACUAAGAAUGAUUUUAUUUAAGACUUUGUUUAAUAUGGGUUUCUAAAUUUUUAAGUACCAAAAUAAAAAACUUAAAAUUACAACCAUACUAAAUGACUGACAGUAAUAUGUGAAUGUUUUGUUAAGAAAUUUGUGACUUUAUGCCCACUUGUUGCUUCGUAUAUUGUAUUGAGCAAGGACAGUUUUGCGUAGGAAUGCUGUUAGAAUUUGAAUUUAAUGUAUGAAAUGAGAUAUGAAUAAAUGAAUUAAUUGAAUUGUCUUUGAGUUUGUGCAAGUUGUAACUAUGUGAAAAGUACCUAUAUUUGUAUUUUGAAGUAUAAGUGCGAUAUGCAUGUUCCCUACUAGGUUUAAGGAUUUAAUUUUGAAUGAAAUGAAUCGGCUUAC